AGUCUUGACUGUAGUCAACUGCUCAGCAACUGAAGUGCCAUCCCAGCAAGUUCCUAGAAGGCUGCGGAUAUUAAAUUACUCAAAGAUAUAUAUAUUAAGCAUUGACCACGUAUAUAGCUUGUUCCAGGCAACUCUGGAUCUGCUGGCUUUGGAAUCUCCUCAACCAGUACUCAAGCUAGAAAAGAAAAAACAUAUAGAUAAUGGCGUUCAUGGGUUCGUUGGUUGGAGGGGCUGCUUUGGGAGCAGUUUUUGGUGAAUUACUGAAAGUUGUUGUGGAUGUGACUGACAAAACCAGAAAGUUCAAGUCCGAACUUGCCGGAGUUAGAUCAACACUGAAUUCAGUGGAAGCAAUUGUAGUUGAUAUUGUGAAGUUGGACGGAGAAUUGAACGUUGUAGAGGAAGUAACCAAGAAACUAACCGAUCUCUUGAGAGAGGGCAAUGAGCUGGUCCUCAAGAGCUCAAAAAUCGAGGGUUUGAAGUGCUUCAUGAGGCCUUUCCACUCCAAGAAGCUCAUCAAAUAUACAGAUUCGCUUCAGAAAUUCUUUCAGAUCAAUGUUCAAGCUCUGCUAACUAGAGACAUCAAGAAGAAUCGUGUUCUGAUGAAUCAAAUAAUGGCAAAAUUGAAUGAAAUGUCGAGUUCGAGGAAAGUUAAAAAGGUUUGUGAUUCCAAGGGAAAACGCAGACAGCAGACUGUUGAAAUUGUAGUGAAUGUGCACUGUGAUGGCUGCCCAAGGAGGGUGAAGAAUGCUGUUAAGUUCAGGAAAGGUGUGAAAUCUGUGAAGGCUAAGCGAAAUCAAAGCCGGGUAACAGAUAGUGGCAAUGCUGAUCCAAAAAAGGUGUUUAAGACAGUAGAGAGUACUGCAGCAGCCAACGUUCGCAAUGUUCUACCUUCCCGGCCUAAGGAGAGCAUCUCUAAUAUCUUCAGUGACGAAAAUCCAAAUGCAUGUUGAAUUCAUGUGAAGUGCUGCUUCUUCCUGGAAAAUAAUACAUAAAAUUAUAUAUGCAUGAGAAAUACUUGAGCUGAGCUGAGCUGAGCUGAGUUCGAUGAAACAAAAAGAAAAUUUUGACACCGAGGUUGAAAGUGUGAGUUAAAGGAAUUUCUAUAGAAAGUGAGUCUGCUCUUAUCAGUUUAAUACAGUAUCUGAUACUGGACCAUAUUAUAUAUAUCUGUUGUUUUGUUGUGACCUUCUACUAUAUAUACAUGUAUGAUUUCAUGCUUUACCAGUUUAAAAUUCCUAAUGUAAAAAUGCUGCCAAUGUUUUA